UGACCAAACGAAAAAUCCGAUCAUCCAUGAACUUCGCGUGCUGACCCCGCGGAAUCGCUCUCCUGGCUCCAUUUUGCUAAAAGGGUCUCUCCUUACAGCCGAAAAUGGAGCUCGGGCUUUGCAAUAGCGCAGCUGAUCAGGCAAGUUCGCUAGAAUCGUCAACAGCUUCUUGCUCUUCGACUUCUUCCUUCUCCCGAUGUUCCAAUUCCUCGUCUUCCAUCGAUUUUAAACUCUCCAUCAGAUCUUCUUAUUCGCAUCAGUCCUCUGCCUCGAGCCUCCCAUCGGUCUCGUCCUUUCAACGCGGUAGCAGCGUCGAUUCGGCGCUCCUGUGUCUCUACACCAGCUGCGUCUUCAAGAACUUCCCCUACAAGUCGCUGCCCUCCACCGCCAUCGCCUCCAAAUCCGGCAUCACCGCCCUCUGCGCCACAGAGAGCCCAGAGCUCCUCCUCGUCGGCACCGAGAGCCAUGGAAUCCACCAAAAUCCCUGCGCUUCUAAAGAAUUCGAGGCCGUGGGCUCACGCGGGGGCAGCAUCAAAGCCAUUCUGGAGCAUCAAAAUCGCGUCUUGACCGCCCACCAGGACGGCAAGAUUCGUGUGUGGCGAAAGAAGAAGCGCCAUCGCCAAGAACAGGGAAUAAUUAGCGAGGAAAUCGAGCUCUGCCACACUCUUCCCACAGUCAAGGACGUCCUCUCGCGAUCCAUCCUCCCCUCGAGCUACAUCCAGGUGCGCCGCCACCGGAAGAAGCUCUGGAUCCAGCACGCCGACGCGGUCUCGUGCCUGGCCGCCACCAAAGAUCUCGUCUUCUCGGCCUCCUGGGACCGAUCGCUCAAGAUCUGGCGCGCCGCUGACUGGAAGUGCCUGAAUUCCGUGCGCGCGGCCCACGACGAUGCGAUCAAUGCCGUGGCCGCCGCGCAGCAAUUUGUCUACACCGCUGCCGCCGAUGGCAAGAUCAAAGCAUGGGAGCUCUGUUCUAAUUCCCAGAGUUCUUCUUUCUUGGGAGGGAAGAACAAGGCACAGAUUGGAUUGUCGCUCGUCGCGGUCCUGGAGCGCCACAAAUCGUCAGUGAACGCCCUGGCGCUAGAUUCCUCGUCGGGCUACCUCUACUCGGCGUCGAGCGAUCGAUCAAUCGUGGUGUGGGAGCGCGAGGAGACGGCGAUGCAUAUGGCGGCGGUGGAUGCCCUGCGGGGGCAUUGCAUGGCGGUGCUGUGCCUGGCGAUUUCCAGCGGCAUCCAAGAUGGGCAUUUCUUUCUUUGCAGUGGAUCCGCCGAUAGGACGAUCCGCGUGUGGUCGAGGGAGAGAUUCACAGCGAUCCACUCGUGCUUGUGCGUGAUCAAGGGGCAUCAAGGCCCGGUGAAAUCGGUGUCUAUGGCUGCUUGUUCUUCCUCGUCUAUCGGGGCUGGAGCCCGGGUUGUGAGUGGUGGAUUGGAUCGCCAAGUCAAGACCUGGUGGGUUUCCCUGGAUGGAUCGUGCCCGGAUCAAGAAAAGUUAGAGAAUAGUUUGGUGCUACGUGAUCCCGGGACAUUGGUUCUUGGAAUGUAAAGUUUAUCAAGCUUUUUUCACCUCUCUCUCUCUCUCACUUCCUCUAGAGUUUUGGAUAACUUUGCAAUGGCUAUUCUUUCGCUGUUUACGUGACA